AUGUUAACAUUAUUAUUGCUACAAGUGGUGUUUUCACAAAAAAUUUUAGAUUCACCACUUGAACAAGUUGUAUGGUGCAAAUCUGAAACAUUCAUUCUCAGUGCUAAGGGUAUGCUAUACAAAAACAAUACAUCGGAAAUGCCCAAGUUAAUAUCAAAUUUAACCAUAAGAGAAAUAUUACAAUCAGAAGCAGAUCCUUAAGUACUUUAUAUAUUAGGUGAUGUUGAUACUUCUUAUGUAACUCAGAAUUGUGGGAAAACCUAUUAAAAAUUCAAGCAUGAAAAGACUUUGCAUGAUUUCAGAUUGAAUCCAUUAGAAGCCCAUAGUCUCAUGGCAUUUAAGGAGUUCAGAUGCAAUGCUACCACUGACAAUUUGUGUAAAGAGAAAUAUAAAAAAUAGUAUCAGAUCAUUAUUGAAUUCUAGAUUGUAUUGUUGAACAGAACCAGGGAUGCUAUAUGGGAUAAAUUGAUUGAAUUGCCAGAAAUCCCAGAUUCAAGAAUUGUUGCAUCUUAUUUGAGUGAUUAAGGCCACGUAUAGGUUAGUUAUAGUGAUGAUUAUUUCAAAACUACCUAAUUAUUGAGGAAUAAUUCUUAUGGGUUUUAUUAGACCAAAGAAUACCUAUUUAUUUUGAUUGACGCUGAUCCUUUUAGCAAAGGCUAUGAUUUGGAAGUAAUUAAAUAAGGAAGUCUGACUCCAGUAGAAUUGGUGUUGCCAAUUGAAGAUCAUCAGAAAUACACAUUUACUGUUUUGGAUACUGUCAAUGGAUCUAUUUUUAUAUCGAUAUCUCAUUUGGAGGACAUGCCAAAAAUUAUGAAUAUAUAUUAAAGUGACACAAGUGGAACCAAAUAUACAUUGUCAUUAUUAAAUAAUGUCAGGAGUUUGGAUACUGGAAAUUGUGAUUUCGAAUUCAUCAUUAGGGGAAUAUACAUUGCUAAUAUUUAUGAUAAUACUGAAUUUGAGAAAUUUAAGUUGAGAAGAUCUACAAAAAACACAGAUGAAUUACUUUUUGAAUAAGGAGGAGAGUGGCAUGCUAUUAAAGCUCCAAAAUAUGAUUAUAAAGGAUAACCUAUUUAAUGCAAUGGAGAUUGUUCGUUACAUCUAUUAGGAAGAAGCGAAGCACCAAGGAAUAGAAUUGUUAGUCAUUCAUACAUUACAAUUGGAACUGGAAACACUGGAAUUUAUUUGGGGAAUGAAUACAAGACCUAUUUGAGUAGGGAUGGAGGACACACAUGGUUUGAAAUAUUGGAUGGUAUGCACAUAUAUGAUAUUGCUGAAAAUACAGGACUUAUAGUAUUUGUGAGUGAUGAAGAUAUAGGCAAGUGA